UGCCUUCAUUCAUUAUCUCCAUUGUCUCAUCCCUACAAAUGGCGUUGUAAUUUCAAGCCCCGACAUCGCCAUGCCUUUGUCCUCACACACACGGAGACGCAUUAGCCGCCAUUUUCACCGUCAUCGCCAUUUCUUCUAUCAUCACUCUCUCUUGUUUUCUCCCAACUGAUCCGCCAUCAAUGGCUCCUCUUUCGACUUUCUUGUUCUUCUUCUUCGUCGUCGUCGUCUUCGUCUCACCUCUUUCCUAUGGGUACGAUCCGCUGGAUCCCAAUGGAAACAUCACAAUCACAUGGGAUUUCCUGGCUGAUAAUGGGGACACUUACGAUGUGAGAGUAUCAAUACACAACUGGCAGCUAUACCGACACGUGGAGAAGCCGGGUUGGAGACUAAGUUGGGCAUGGAGGGGUGAUGAGGUAGUUUGGAGUAUGUCAGGAGCAGAGGCAACCGAACAAGGGAACUGCUCAAGGUUUAAGGGACAAAAUAAGCCACAUUGUUGUGAGAAGCAACCAACCAUCAUUGAUCUCAUGCCUGGCACACCUUAUAACAAGCAAGUUCUAAAUUGUUGUAAACAAGGGAUCCUAUCGUCCCUCACUCAAGAUCCCUUACAAAUCACUUCCAUGUUUCAGAUGAAUUUCAAUAGACCCUCUGUUCCAAACACAAACAACUUAACCAUGCCUACUAAUUUCAGCCUUGGCAUCCCUGGUUACUCUUGUAGUGACCCUUUUCAGGUCCCUCCUAGCAAGUUCACCACCGAUGGUCGUCGGUGGACACAAGUUCUUGAGACAUGGAAUGUAACAUGCAUAUACUCUCAAUUCUUAUCAUCAUCAGCCCCAAAGUGUUGUGUUUCAUUAUCUGCUUUCUACAGUGAUACCAUAGUUCCUUGCCCUAAAUGCAGCUGUAAUUGCCAAGGCCUACCAGGAGCAUACUGUGUCAAUUCCAGUUCUGAUAAAACUCCUUCAUUGUUGAAACUGCCACAAGAUGAUAGCACGCAAGAGACACAGCCAGUGGUGAGGUGUUCACAGCACAUGUGCCCUAUUAGGAUUCACUGGCAUGUGAAGCAGAGCUAUACAAAAUAUUGGAGAGUGAAGAUCACAAUCACAAAUUAUAACUUUGUCAAGAACUAUUCUCAGUGGAAUCUUGUGCUCUUACACCCUAACUUGCAGAGUUUAACCCAAGUUUUCAGCUUCAACUACCAUCCUCUCGGAAUUUUUGGAGAAAUCAAUGAUACAGUGAUGUUCUGGGGGAUUAAGUACUACAAUGACAUGUUGCUGACACAUGGGGAGAAUGGGAAUGUACAAACAGAGAUGCUACUUCACAAGGAUGAUGGAAUCUUCACCUUCAAUGGAGGAUGGGGAUUUCCCAGAACAGUUUUAUUUAAUGGAGAUGAAUGUGUUAUGCCCAGUCCUGAUAACUACCCUACCCUCCCCAAUUCUGCUUAUGUUCCCUCUUCUUCUUUCUGGCUUUUCUUAUCUUUUAUCCUCUCAAUAUUCUUAUGAUGAAUCACCAGAACUCAAUGGCAUACAUGGUUAUUCAUAGGAUUGUGAGAUGUUUAGCUUCUGUGGAGAAUGAUAAUACUAUAUUUAAGUUA